AACACCGGUUAACACAACUUCCCGGAAGCAGCGCCAGCUGGAACUCUCCCGAGGACGGUGGCGGUGAAAGAAUAGCAGCGCUAUCCUCGUAGGACACCGAGGACAGCGUUAAUCCGAACGGAAAUGGCAACUGCUCUCAGUAGUCGAUAUCCUGGUGGACGUGGACCAAAUAGAAGUAAGGGGCGAAUUUUAGGCAUCAUUGAUGCCAUCCAGGAUGCAGUGGGGCCACCCAAACAAGCAGUUGCUGACCGGAGGACUGUAGAAAAAACUUGGAAACUCAUGGAUAAAGUUGUGCGGCUCUGCCAAAAUCCCAGACUCCAACUGAAAAACAGUCCACCAUAUAUCCUGGAUAUUUUACCUGAUGCCUACCAACAUCUGCGGGUCAUACUAGGCAAAUAUGAAGAGAACCAGAUGAUCAUACAGCUUAGUGAGAAUGAUUACUUUAAAAUCUACAUUGAUAGCCUUAUGAAGAAAUCCAAACGAGCUAUCCGGCUCUUCAAAGAGGGAAGAGAGAGGAUGUACGAGGAGCAGUCACAGGACAGGAGGAACCUGACCAAGCUGUCUCUGAUCUUCAGUCAUAUGCUGGCAGAAAUCAAGGCAAUCUUCCCUGGAGGACAAUUCCAAGGAGACACGUUCAGGAUUACCAAAGCUGAUGCUGCUGACUUCUGGAGGAGAUUUUUUGGUGAAAAGACAAUAGUGCCAUGGAAAGUCUUCCGUCAGUGCCUUCAUGACAUACAUCCCAUCAGCAGCGGUCUGGAGGCUAUGGCUCUCAAAUCCACCAUUGACCUCACCUGCAAUGACUACAUUUCUGUGUUCGAGUUUGACAUCUUCACACGCCUCUUCCAGCCUUGGGGAUCGAUUCUGAGGAACUGGAAUUUCCUAGCGGUGACACACCCUGGCUAUAUGGCCUUCCUUACUUAUGAUGAAGUCAAAGCUCGACUGCACAAGUACAUCAACAAGCCUGGCAGUUACAUCUUCAGACUGAGUUGUACACGUUUGGGCCAAUGGGCCAUUGGCUAUGUGACCACUGAUGGAAACAUACUGCAGACCAUUCCCAACAACAAACCGCUGUUCCAGGCUUUAAUCGAUGGCUACAAGGAGGGCUUCUACUUAUUCCCAGAUGGUCGCAGUUACAAUCCUGACCUCACUGGUUUAUGUGAGCCGACACCUCACGAUCACAUCAAAGUCACACAAGAGCAGUAUGAGCUGUACUGUGAAAUGGGCUCUACCUUUCAGCUUUGUAAGAUCUGUGCUGAGAAUGACAAAGACAUCAAGAUUGAACCAUGCGGUCACCUCAUGUGUACUUCCUGUUUUACUGCCUGGCAGGAAUCAGAUGGCCAAGGAUGCCCUUUCUGUCGCUGUGAGAUCAAAGGCACAGAGCCCAUUAUUGUGGAUCCCUUUGACCCACGAAAUGAGGGCUCCAAGUGCUUCUUCCUGGACCAACACAGCUCCCCCUUGCUGGACCUGGAUGAUGAGGAAGACCGAGAAGACUGUCUUGUCAUGAAUGGACUGGCCAACAUCAGGAAGCAAUGUGGCGAGCAUCAGAAAUCGCCAAUGGUGUCGCCCAGUUCUUCACCUGUCAGCCAACACAGAAAAGCCCAUGGGGGAAACUCCAGCCAGUGUGUCCAGCACCUCAGCCUCCCACCUGUCCCACCACGACGUGACCUUAUCAACAAAGGUGCCAUUCGCUCCCCAUCUGCCAGUCCCAUUUGCUCCCCCAAG